CUCUCUCUCUCUCUCUCUCUCCCCCUCCCUCUCCAUCCCUCCUCUCUCCCUCCUGUCGGGUUUGAGGAGAUCUCUCUAGGAGCUGGAGAGGAGAAGUUGUCCGUCUCUCUCUCUCUCUCUUGCUUCCUCACCAUGGAUUCUAGGAGUCAUUCUAGGAGUCAUCCUAGGAGUCAUUCUAGGAGUCAUCCUAGGAGUCAUUCUAGGAGUCAAGGAGCCGCUGGGAUUAUCGCUCACGUCGCGCUGCUCCUCUGCAGCUCGUGCGGGACAACCGGAGAAGAGGUGUGCGACGGCACGCUGGUGUCCAAUCUGCCGCCGGCGUCCUUCAGAAGCUCCUCCCAGCUGUCCAGCAGCCACGCACCCAGCUUCGCCAAGCUCAACAGGAGGGACGGCGCCGGAGGCUGGUCUCCUCUCACCUCGGACAGGUAUCAGUGGCUGCAGGUCGACCUCGGCCAACGGACCAAGAUCGCCGCCGUCGCCACGCAGGGCCGCUACGGCAGCUCCGAUUGGCUGACGUCGUACCUGCUGAUGUUCAGCGACACGGGGCACAACUGGAAACAGUACCGGCAGGAGGACAGCGUCGGGUCUUUUCCAGGUAACAGUAACGCAGACAGCGUGGUUCAGUACAAACUGCAGCAGCCGGCGACCGCUCGCUUCCUGCGGCUCCUCCCCCUGCACUGGAACCCCAGCGGGAGGAUCGGCCUCCGGCUGGAGGCCUACGGGUGUCCUUACACCUCCCACGUCCUGAGCUUGGACGGCAGCAGCACGGGCCUGGCGUACAGACGGAGCCCGGCGGCACCGGGGUCGGUCGGAGACGUCGUCUCCAUGGAGUUCAAAACCCUGAGGAACUCUGGGACGCUGCUGCGGGCGGAGGGGGGGGGAGGACUCGGCCUCAGCCUGCAGCUGGAGAGAGGGACGCUGCUGCUGCUCACGCGAGGUCCUGCGUCCUCUGAGCCCCGGCGCGUCGCCUCCCUCGGCAGCCUGUUGGACGACCAGCACUGGCACCGCGUGGCGGUGGAGUGGCGCGGCUCUCAGCUCAACGUCACGGUGGACGAGCACACGGAGCGGGUUCGAAUCCCCGCGGAGUUCGGCAGCUGGGACGCGGAGCAGCUGAGCGUAGGGACAGUGUCGAGCCCGGAUGUCUCCGAGAGGAACUUUCACGGCUGCUUGGAAAACCUUCAGUACAACGGCCUCAACCUGAUAGAAUUAGCCCAAAACAAAGAUCUCCGAGUGGCUGUAAGGGGCAACGUGACCUUUUCUUGUGCUGAGUCGGUUUCCGUCGCCGUGACGUUCCCGGGUCCCCAGAGCUUCCUCCGGUUGCCGUGGGCGACAUCGUCCCUGUCGAAGGGCGUGUCCGUCGGGUUCCAGUUCAGGACGUGGAACGACGCAGGGCUUCUGCUCACCUUUGACCUGCCCGAGGGAGGGGGCGUGGUCUGGUUGUACCUGAGCGAGGCCAGACUCCGCCUGCAGAUCCAUAAAGACGGCCGGGUGCCGCUGGAGCUCAGUGCAGGUUCCGCUCUGAAUGACGGGCAGUGGCAUUCGGUGACGCUGACCUCCAGCAGAGGUCGUCUGAGCAUCGGCGUGGACGCAGAGGAAGGAGGCAGCGCCCAAGCCGCUACCUCGUACCCUGUCGCAGUAGAAAGUCACCUGUUCUUUGGUGGUUGUCCUGCUGAGAACAACGAGCCGAGGUGCAGAAACCCCUUCAGCGUUUUCCAGGGCUGCAUGCGUCUCCUCGUGCUGAACCACCUCAUGGUGGACCUGAUAAUGGUGCAGAAGAAGCAGCUGGGGAUCUUCAGCCACCUGCAGAUCGACAUGUGUGGGAUCAUCGACAGGUGCUCGCCCAGUCGCUGUGAGCAUGGCGGCCGCUGCAGUCAGUCCUGGACCGUCUUCCGCUGUAACUGCUCCGCGAGCGGCUACAGCAGCGCGACCUGCCACAGCUCUGUGUACGAACCGUCCUGUGAGGCGUACAAACACAACGGCAACACGUCGGGACACUUUUAUAUCGACGUGGACGGCAGCGGACCAAUCAGACCGCAGCUGGUCUACUGCAACAUUACAGAGGAGAACACGUGGAUGGAGAUCCAGCACAACAACACGGAGCUGACCAGAGUCCGGCCGUCUCCGGCUGCACGCCAGCAUUUACUUCACUUCAACUACUCCACUGAAGAGGAGCAGCUAUUGGCCGCCAUCAGCCAAUCAGAGCACUGCCAACAGGAGCUGUCCUACCGCUGCAGGAAGUCCCGCCUCCUCAACACUCCAGAGGGCUCUCCGUUCAGCUGGUGGCUCGGGGGUCCCGGUCCCGGUCGGGUCCAGACCUACUGGGGCGGCGCUCAGCCGGGCAGCCGGCAGUGUGCAUGCGGCCUGCAGGGCGACUGCGUGGACCCGCAGCACUACUGCAACUGUGACGCCGACCGCGCCGAGUGGGCGGAGGACUCGGGCCUGAUCACCCAUAAGGAGAACCUCCCCGUCAGGUCACUGGUGCUGGGCGACGUCCAGAGGGCCGAGUCGGAGGCCGCCUACCGGGUGGGGCCGCUCCGUUGCCACGGAGACAAGAACUUCUGGAACGCCGCCUUCUUCGACAAGGAGACGUCGUACCUCCACUUCCCCACCUUCCACGGAGAGCUGAGCGCAGACAUCUCCUUCCUGUUCAAAACCACGGCCUCCUCCGGGGUCUUCCUGGAGAACCUGGGCAUCAAAGACUUCAUCCGGAUCGAACUGAGCUCCUCCACCCGGGUGGUGUUCUCCCUGGACGUCGGCGACGGGCCACUGGAGGUCGGUGUGGAUUCGGGCGUCCCCCUGAACGACGACCGGUGGCACCGGGUCCGGGCCGAGCGCAACGUCAGGGAGGCGUCGCUCCGCCUGGACGGACUUCCUGUGGCGGCGCGGGAGGCCCCCGCCGACGGACACCUCCACCUGCAGCUCAACAGCCAGCUGUUCAUCGGCGGCACGGCGUCCAGGCAGAAGGGCUUCCGCGGGUGCAUCCGCGCCCUGCGGCUGAACGGCGUCGCCCUGGACCUGGAGGAGAGGGCGAGGAUCACGCCGGGCGUCCGGGCCGGCUGCCCGGGCCACUGCGGCAGCUACGGGUCGCUGUGCCGGAACCGGGGCCGCUGUGCCGAGAGGGCCAACGGCUUCCUGUGUGACUGCGGCCUGUCGGCGUACACCGGAGCCUUCUGUCACACAGAGGUGUCGGCCCGCUUCCUGCCGGGGACGACCGUGAGCUACACCUUCAGGCAGCCGCGUGGGUCGGGGCGGAACAGCAGCGCCCGGCCCUCCUCCAUCUACUCCGACACCACCCUGAGAGGAGAGGACGUCUCCCUGAGCUUCAGGACCACCCAGAGUCCGGCUCUGCUGCUCUACGUCAGCUCGCACCACGGGGAGUCCCUGGCCCUGCUCAUCAACAAGCACGAUAAGCUGGAGGUGAGAUACAAGCUGGACGGCAGCAGAGGCGCCGAGGUGCUGAGGAGCGCCGCGAGGAGCCUGGCGGACGGACGACUCCACGCCGUCUCCGUCAGGAGGCGGAAGGACGCUGUGUCCCUGCAGAUCGACCAAAGUCCCAGAGAAGACUUCAACCUGACAUCUGAUGGAGAGUUGAACGGCAUCACGUCGCUGGUCUUGGGCAGAGUGCACGGGACGGACGCGGUGGAGCCGCAGCUGUCCCGCUUGGCGUCCCUGGGCUUCACGGGUUGUCUCUCGGUGGUCCGCUUCAACUCCAUCAGCCCCCUGAAAGCCGCUCUGCUCCACCCGCACAGCAGCCCCGUCGUCGUCACCGGGCCGCUGGUCCGGUCCAGCUGCGGCUCCUCGGCUUCGGCCAAUCCCCACGCGGUGGAGGACACGCGCCGCCUGUCAGACCAGUCUGGUUCAGUGGGUUCAGGUCAGCCUUUAGUCAAUUCCAUCGGGACCGACUCGGCUCUGAUUGGAGGUGUCAUAGCGGCGGCCGUCUUCGUGAUGGCCAGCGGCCUGGCGAUCGGCGGCAGGUUCCUGUACCGCCGGAAAGAGACGUACCGGAGCCAGGAGGCGGAGGGGGUCAAACGGGAGGACAGCCAAGAUUUCGCUUUCACCGACCAGAGGGACUCCCAGAGCGUCUCCACCGAAAAGCCAAAGGAGUACUUCAUCUGAGGGACGAGGCCAGCGGGCGCCGCGCUGCACUCAGAUACUCGGCCCGAAGGAAGUGGCCCAACAGCAGAAAAAAACACACAGAACCAAACCCACAGUUGAGUCUGCUGAUGCUUUACUGUGAGUUGUGAAAACAGUGGAAACAAACAGUGCACUUAUGAGGUGUUGAUUUCCUCUUUUCAGUUAAAAAAAAAAGUAAAUGUGCAAUCAAUGUCUUUGUAACAAUAUUCGGCGAAAGUCACUUUGUCAUAUUGAGAAGAUGCAAAGGUAUCAGUAUUUUUUGGUGUAUGGGUAAGAACACGUGUGAAGCCAGGACCUGUGCAGGACGUCGUCUAAUAAUAGUCCUCCUUCAUCCUCAUUCAUUCAUUCAUUUAUAAAUCCUCAGCCCAUUUGUUCCUUUUUUAAAUCAGUCUUUGGUGGGAAAUACAUUCAGUAAUCGAAUAUGUUCAUGGAGGGAACAUUCACUAUUUUCAUCAGCUGAGUUAUGGAUCGAGUUAUAAUCCGUAAACUGGAUCCACAUCAGUAUAUUUGACAUCAAAUGGCAACGAGGAGACAAUGACAAAGAGAGUGUUUGUUGUAGAGGGACACAAAUGAAGGAUAAUGUUACUUUGGAACUGCUCAAAGACAUUGAUAAAGGUGAGAAACAUUUAAAUAUGACGAGCCUCGGCAAUAGGGACAAAAACGAUAUAUCAAGAUAUUAAGGUCGCUAUUGUCUGGGUGACCCUUGAUGUGUUAGAGAAAGAUUUAUACAUUUCUCAUGACCAGUAAAUUGCAAUCAGACAGCUUGAACAAGAAGAUGUUCAGAAAAGAUCACUUUGCUAUGAAGCAGCUGGUAAAAACAGGAUAUUUACCUCCAAAAUCUAAGGGCCUAUAGUUGACCCUAUAGAUACAGCACAGGGAGGCAACAUUCUGACUUCUUAUGUGUAAGCAGCAGUUUGGGAUUCCUGUCAAAUGUGGUUCGGACGGAUUUUUCAUCAAACCAUGUUGGUGGACCUGCGUCUGUGCACUGUUACAGUUGAAGUGGUGUUGUUAUUUAAUGGUUCCUAUUGGUGAAUAACAGUGAGAUGCAGUGACAUGUCGUGAGGAAAUGAACCUCCAGAGGGUUUGAAUUCUGGUUGUUUGGUUACGGACAAAAUGUUUGAAGAGAAUAAAGUUUUUUUCCAGA